AUGGACCCAACCCAGCCGCGCCCGCCGCCGCCGAUCAUGAAGCGGCCGCCGGGCAAGAUGUCCAUCGCGGGCGACGAGUCCAUCGCGCUUAGCCGUCCGGACCUCAAGGCGCACCUGGACGCCAUGUGGCGGAGCGUCUCGGCGACACUUCCGAGGACGUACGGCGCCCGUGUGGCGCAGUCGGCGACCUUGGACAAGAACAAGGGGCCCAAUGACUCCUUCAUGCUCCCAAACGCGCUGCUCUAG